AUGUCCGGUCCCGAGUUUGUUAAUUCCUUUGCGGAGUGGCAAGCCGAUGACUUGAUACAAAACUGUCUGCAUUGCCAGACGAAAUUCACAUUUUUGGUGCGAAAACACCACUGCAGAUGCUGUGGAGGCAUCUUCUGUGCAAAUUGCAGCGACAAGUUUCUAUGGUACAAUCGACGCAGGGUCAAAGUGGUGCGUCGUCAAGAUGACCCUGAAUCAGCAGAAUUCCCCCCACACAGAACUUGCACUUCGUGCUGCGAAAACUUGAUACAAAUGCAGCUGGUGGUCACUAAAUGGGGAGACAGAAAUUGGUCCUCGCAGGCUGCGAUGGAUAGAUCAAACGCGAGGCCUAGCGCCAACUCCGUUCUGAUAGAACCCAACAUUGACCGUACUUUAAGUGCUCCCACCUCGUCGUCGGCGUCGCCAUUCCAAAAUAAUGAGGUGAACAAAAAAGUGACAGCAGGGGAGGCCAGUCACGAUGUAGACUUGGAUGUCGACCGGUGUCCCAUCUGUAACUGCGAUCUGGCCAAACUCACAGAAGCGCAGUCGGUGAGUCAUAUACAAAAUUGUGUGCGUGUUGCGGAAAUGACAAAACAACACCAUCAGCAUCACUCUCACCAAAACCCUGGAAACUCAACUUCGAUGAAAAAUCCGGUCAUACAGAAUAGAAUGCUGGUCUAUGUCGUUCCAAAUAAGCCCGAAGUACCGUCUACAGCCGAAGGCGAGUAUCCAGAGUGUCCUAUAUGCUUCGAGGAAAUGAAAGCAGGCGAUAAAGUCGGGAGGUUGGAGUGCUUGUGUGUUUUCCACUAUGAUUGCAUUAAGAGCUGGUUCAGAAAGAAAAGCCAGAAAGUUAAGGCUACGUCUGCAAACGGUAGCAGUAAAAACUUUUGCCCGCUGCAUGACGCAGUAAUUUGA